CCCAGACCUUGUUUACUGUUUUGUCUGUUAUUUGCAGCAUCGUAUCGUCUUGCACUAUGGCGUCCGGACACAGAGAGGCUUUUCAGAAGCAAAUACAGCAAGACUGGGCCAACCGAGAGUACAUUGAAGUUAUUACGGGCAGCAUUAAAAAAAUUACAGAUUUCUUGAACUCCUUUGAUAUGUCAUGCCGAUCUCGCCUUGCCGUGCUGAAUGAGAAACUGACAACUCUAGAAAGACGCAUUGAGUACCUAGAGGCCAGAGUUACAAAAGGGGAAACAUUAACAUGAGAAUAAGUUUUAACCAAUAUUUAAUUAAUUACUUUAUCAUUUUAUAUAUAUCCUCUUGUAUUCUAUUUAAGAAAUGAUGACUGCCAUUGUACAUAUGAUACUUAGCUGAAAGUAAUUGGGCAUGCUUUUGAAACAGCUAGAGGCGGAAGAAGAAUAAUCAUUGUUUUCAUUUGUUCUUCUUUUAUCCUUUUGCUGAAAUAUCGAAUUUUCUUUGGGUUCAUCACCAUUUAGAAAUUUGAUUGUGUUUUUUUCUUUUCAACUAUGUAGUUGAUGUUGGUUUUGGAGGCUGGUAAUGUAUGUACGCCUUAGAAUUAUCACCAGACAAGAAUAAAAACUAUAGCUGACAUAA